ACACUAUCCCUCCACUGAAACAGUUUAGGAGGAGGAUUCGUGUAUAGUACUCACUGGGGCUUUAUCCCGAAAACAUCUGGUUUCCAAGUGUCUGGAAUUGUUCGACCUAUGGAAAGGAUCCUUAUUCAGGGCAAAAUUGUUUUACCCACUAAGUAUCCCUCGCCUCCUGAUCGCAAACUCCGGCAAUAACUGAGUGCAGAAGGAGCAGCCCAACUGGAACUGUAUGACCAUGUUUCUUGGGAGUAUCUGACUGGAAGCCCCUGGAAUAUGCAUGACCUCAGCACAUCUGCACCGAGUGUCCUUCAACGGCAUGGUGACAACUUUCAAAAUAGCAGUCCUGGGAGCGCAAGGGGUUGGGAAAUCAGCAAUUGUGCACCAGUUUCUCUACAACGAUUACAGUGACCACUACAUGCCUACUAAAACACGUCACAUCUACCUGCCUGCUGUGGUCAUGAACGAGCAUGUGCACGACCUACAGAUAAUGGACUUUCCACCCAUUCCGUCUUUUCCGGUCAACACUCUGCAGGAAUGGGCAGACAGCUGCAGCCGGGGAUUGCGGAGUGCUCACGCCUACAUCCUAGUGUAUGACAUCUGCUGCUUUGACAGUUUUGAAUAUAUCAAAACAAUUCGGCAACAAAUUUUAGACACAAGGGUGAUCGGAACCAACGAGAUCCCCAUCAUCAUCGUGGGGAACAAACGGGACCUGCAGAGAGGGCGCGUCAUCCCCAGGCGGAACGUCUCCAACCUGGUGAAGAAGACGUGGAAGUGCGGCUACAUCGAGUGCUCGGCCAAGUACAACUGGCACAUCCUGCUGCUCUUCAGCGAGCUGCUGCGGAGCGUCGGCUGUGCGCGCUGCAGGCACGUGCACACCGCCAUCCGCUUCCAGGGGGCGCUGCGGCCCAACCGCUGCGCCGUGAUGUGAUACUCCAGGGACCAGCCGCUGUGCCGCCACGUGAUCCUCCGGGGACCAGCCGCUGCGCCGUCAUGUCCUCUGCCAGGGACCAGCCGCUGCACCACCACGUGAUCCUCUGGGGACCCGCCGCUGCGCCGUCACGUGAUCCUCCGGGGACCCGCCGCUGCACCGUCACGUGAUCCUCCGGGGAACAGCCGUCAUGCGAUUCUCCACCGCUAGGGCGGUGGCAGUGCUCAGGAGCUGGGGAGAGAUUUUAUUUUGCCCUACCGCGGUGUUUUCCAUCUUGCCGCGUGCAUGUCUGCCUCGAAUAGACAGGCCUGGCGUGCAGCCUUCACCUUCCUCUCUCUGCUCCUGGUGUGUGAGUGCGUUUGUGUGUGUUAAUGGCGGCUGAGUUGUAACGCCGGCCCCUUCACUAAUCUUGUACAACCAUCUUCAAUUUGUUUCCGUCAGUUACUUCAGCAAUAAUGAAUCGGAGGGACUGAGAACACGGCGCCCUGACGCUCCGAGGCUCAAGGUCAGUGGCCGCAUGGUCCAUGGAACUGACCACAACAUCCGGUUGAAGCUCCAGUCCACCACUGGGCUCCUGCUGCUGGCUGAGAGUCAGAAUACUGACCAACAAGUGCCCAUCUCCACCAAUACCAUGUCACAUGCUGGUACCAGUCCCCGCCCCUACUACUGACAACACCCAACACCUGUACCUAUACACAGCAGCCAAUUUACCUGCCCUUUGCACUUGUUUGACAUGAGCAGUUGGGAGAACAUGUGAUCUCCUCACACAGCAUCGAGAUAGGGAUUGAACUGAAACAAUGGGGCAGCAGCUGUGUCUGUGUGCCCGUGUGUAAGAUGCCAUCUUUCAAAAUGUCCUCAAUAGAUAUAUGCCACGAUUUACCAACAGAGAAUGAAAUUCUCCCCAGUGUCCUGGUCACCCACAGCUCCGAGACCCAUUAACUAGUUGCUGAGACUGUGUUGCAUGUAAACUGGUGAGUCCGUGUGUACACAGACUGGUGGGACUGUGCACAUCGAUUGAUCUCACCACAGGCUGGUGUCAUCAUGCCACACAUAGGUUGGUCUGGCUCUCUCUUUGUCUUUGCCAGUGAGGGGAAACAAAAGAGGAAAGCAGUAGAGGAACACAGAGGGUAAGUUUGCAUAUAUUUUGGAACCUUAAUGAGCCUUGUCUACAAGAUUGGACACAGCAUCACAAUGCUGGAACAUUCAUGCAAGGCGAGUUCUCUUCUGCCACUCUUAUUUUUCAGUCAAUAAGGAGUUGUUGAGCACUGGGAAGAACCAGAAUUUGUUAGGCUUGAGGGACCUUUUUUCUUGUGUUCUGAGCUCAGUCAUCGCUGAAGAUUGCCCUGUGUUGUGGAAAACCCUUCUCGCAGUGUUUUAUACUAUGAUGGUACUUCAUCCUGCCAACACGAAUUCUCAUUCGCACCUACAUUUCCACAUUCCUUCACCCAGGUGAGAGGGAUAUCUUUCACUCUCUUCACUUCAAAAUCCAUCUUCUCAACACUUUAUAACUUGGACCAAUGGACACAUCUUCUCACUCCUGAAGUGUGGCUAAUUACCAGCAGAUGUGACGCCUUCAAAUCUCAGCAGUACUCUCGACCACAGUGAUAUGGGUGAUGUUACUGAUAGCUUUGGAUUACAACUGAGGGAGCUCAGAGGUGAUAGAUGUAGUGGCUUAUCGGACAACAGAUUAUCAGAUGUAAGAUGGUUUGUUUCAUAAAGAUAAUUAACCUGGAGAAGUCAAUCAAUCUUCACAUCUUUUAAACCGCUCACAUUAUCUUAUGUUGAUUGACAUUCUGAAGGGGGACUGGGAAACAAAGGACAGGUGGGGGCAAGGCUGUUCAGAUCUAUAAUUCACAUUACAUUCCAGAUAACCAUCUGUCAAAGGCAGAAUGAGAAUGUUCACAUCAGCUCAGGACUUAAUUGUGCAGAUGGUAUCCAAUUAUUUCAGGUCCACUCAUUAAAAAAUUAUUCUGUAGCUUCCUUCCAAAGGUCAGGAUUUCCCAAAUUCUUUAGUUCCAAUGAGAAGUUUUUGAAGGGCAUUCGCUUGUAAUUUUAGAAAUUAUUUUCUAAACAAAAUUUAAAUAAAAAUACUCGAGCAAUGUGCAUCUAGAGCAGACUUUUGACAGUAGCUUCGUUGCUCCCCAGUAACGAUGUAAAAUCUCUGAUGAUACGGGAAAGGCUUUUUCUUGUUCCCAUGGAUACCAGGUUUGGUCACGGUGUACUGGUGUCAGGGGUGAAGGCCAUUUCUAUUUGGCAUUAUCCUCAAACACCAUUGGACAGUAUUAUAUGCAAACAUUAGCUUUGAAGUCCAGUUUUUACUCUGUAAAUGACUACACCAGUGAGACCUAUUAACCCUCCUUACCUUAGCCGUAGUCCAUGCACACCACAGAGAAACUUAAUGGCCCACCCACCUUUCGCUUUCACCAUUUUCUUAUAACAAAGAAGGAGGCCAUUCAGCCCAUUGCGUGUUCACAGACCAAUCCCAUUUCCCUACUUACCAGUAAAUGUGGAAUAACCUCACAGAAGACAGUCCAACUGGCUUAUAAAUGAGCAUCCUGGCUGUUGGCUGCACUGGCCGACUCUCCCAGACAUGGUCCCUCAUGGACCACACUGAGCUGAGUAAAUUCGUAUCAAUGAUGGUCUUUCGCUAUAUCUCUGCCAUCUGUAGCAUCUUGCUCUGCACAGAUUGGCUGCCCCAUCUCUCCUAGAACAACAGUAGCUUUUCUUCAAAAGAACUUCAUUGGAGAAAAGAUGUUCAUCACAUCUUGAUGAAGUGAAUUUUACAUAUUAUUUCUACUUUUCCCAUGGUUCUAUUCAUUUAAAUUCCAGUAAGAGUGAAUGCUACAUCAGGAGCUCCUUCCUCAUCCUUGACUCUCAUUAGUUGAGAUGGAAUUUUCUAUAUGAGUCCAUUUUAUACAUUAACACAUCUUGAACAUAGCUUUAUCAAAUAGAAUGGCCUGGGGAAUUAGUUGGGCCAUUAACCAGCAUGUAUUCUAUUGCUUAAGAUACCAAAAAGUUUAACUGAAUUAUUAUUUUAUUUACAAUAAAGAUCAGCAGUGGUUAAGGGAAGGGCUUUACUUCCUGAAGUGAAAGUCAACAGAAGACUUGGACAUUCAGGUCCAAAACACGUUAAGGUCAUAGGUGGAGCCCAUUGGCUGUGGUCCCAAUCAAUAGUAUCUCAGCAAACCAUAACUAUUGUAAUGUAAACAACAGGAAUUCUGCAGAUGCUGGAAAUUCAAGCAACACACAUCAAAGUUGCUAGUGAACGCAGCAGG